UCUUUUUUUAAAUUUCUUCCGUAAAGUACAUUUUGAAGUUGGAGUAUUGAGACGUGAGUAAUCGAUCUUUAAUAAAGGAGUGGCCAAAAAGUAGAUAGCUUGUUAAAUUUUGUCAUAGGCUUUUAACACAAGAGUUGAUUAAUAUACAUAUACAAAAUGGCAUCUCCCGCACUUAAAGACCUCCCCAAAGUAGCUGAAAACUUGAAAAGUCAACUUGAAGGCUUUAACACUGAUAAGUUAAAGAACGCCAGUACACACGAAAAAAUUGUACUCCCCACUGCGGAAGAUGUGGCUGCUGAAAAGACCCAGCAAUCUUUAAUUUCUGGGAUAGCAGCUUUUGAUCCAUCAAACUUGAAGCACACUGAAACUAAUGAAAAGAAUCCCUUGCCCGAUAAGGAAGCAAUCGAAAAGGAAAAGGAAAAGAAUCAACUUAUUUCUGGCAUUGAAAAUUUUGAUUCUAAAAAAUUAAAACACACUGAGACAUGCGAGAAGAAUCCUCUACCUACGAAGGAAGUUAUUGAAGAGGAAAAGAAAGCUUAAAAUCAAAUCUGAUAAAGCAUUCACUUAAUUUUUUAUUGAAUGCUAUACUUUUACUCAUUCCUAAUAUAUAAUAUUACUGAAAGAGAUACUACUUUAUGAGAGGAAUUUUAUAAUUUUGCAUAUUUAUAAUAAAUAUAAAAAAAUCAUAAAAAACGU